GCCUGACGGCCCGAAGAGACUGACGCCCGAGAGCCUGACGGCCCGAGAGCCUGACGGCCGAGAGCCUGGACGGCCCGAGAGGCCUGACGGCCGGGAGCCUGACGGCCCGAGAGCCUGCGCCGGCCCUGUCUACCCCUCCAGCCCCGUGGCCCAACCACCACCUCGCGUCACGCGCUCGCCUUGCACGGGACGCGGGUGAGAGCAGCGGGAGACCUCGCCGGCUCGCCACCUGCCCCGCCCCGGCCCGCUUCCCCGCUCCUCCCCACCCCUACUCCCCGGCGGCCCGCGGCCGCGGGUCGCGGUCCCCGCCACCGGCUCGGCGCGCGCCCGCGCCGGCCCCUGGGCGCGUCGUGGCAAGGCAGGUGCUGAAGCAGCGGCCGGGCGCUCCCGGCCUUGAACGUGGCCUUGGCGGCAGGAGAGCCACGAAGUCGGCAUGAAAACGCUAGUGAUGUUGGAUGAACAAGGGGAGCAACUGGACCGCAUCGAGGAAGGCAUGGACCAGAUCAACGCUGACAUGCGUGAGGCAGAGAAGAACCUGACAGGCAUGGAGAAGUGCUGUGGGCUGUGUGUGUUGCCCUGCAACAAAUCGUCAACAUUCAAAGAAGAUGAAGGCACCUGGAAAGGAAAUGACGAUGGAAAAGUGGUGAACAAUCAACCCCAGCGUGUAAUGGACGACCGAAAUGGUCUGGGUCCUCAGGGUGGAUACAUAGCAAAGGUCACAAAUGAUGCUAGAGAAUCUGAGAUGGAAGAAAACAUGGGUCAAGUGAACACCAUGAUAGGCAAUUUACGUAACAUGGCACUAGACAUGGGAUCCGAGUUGCAGAACCAGAAUUCACAAAUAGACAGGAUAAAUCGCAAGGGAGCAUCUAAUGAAACACGAAUAGCUGUGGCGAACCAGAGGGCGCAUGAGCUGAUGAAGUAAUCUGGAGGAGUUACCAAGGAAACCUUCUCAUCAUUACAACUUACAACAAGUGCUUAAUAAAUUUACAUUAUUAUGUUUCCAGUAGCGCAGUUGGUUUUAGCAUGUUUUGCUCCUGUGCAUUUCAAAGAAACAUAGUGCACAGUUUUAUCUGUUAACGUAAUUUUUGUGUUUCAAUAAUAACAUUUGGCAUUGUACUUGAUAUGGCUAGUAUAAAAUGGACACUGUAUAAUGAAGAAAUUGCAGAUUUCAAUGAAAUAUUCAAACUUCAGCUUUGUUUCGUUUUUUGCUAUUUCCUUUCAAUGCAUACCUAAUGUGAUCCCAUUGGAAUGUGGUUUUGAUGGAAAACCUUGCUUGGUGUCUAAAAUUAAGUAAACCACCAGUUGGCAGAUAAAUCUGCAUGGAUUAGGCAUCAUGACUGACAGUGAGUAAAAAGUCUCGUGUAUAGUUGCCAUUUCAAAAAGCCAAGGUAUGAGAAUACUGUUUUCCUAUUGACACUGUCAUAAUUUAUUUUAUUUUAAAGUUGCUCUUCCUUCUCUCUCUCUCUCUCUCUUUUUUUAUUUGAUGGAGAAUAGAUUAGGCUAUUAAUUAUUGAUGCCUAUUUAAUUUAGCGUAUUUGUAAUAUUAUACCUUCCUUUCUCAUUAUGAAAUGAUUAUUGAUGGCUUAUUCUGUACAUAAAGCAUAAACAUAUUCUCAGUAUCAAAAUAUAUGUUACUAUGGUGUUUUGAUGAUCAGUUGUAAAAAACAAUGAUGAUGCAACGGACUGAAAUAAAGAUACAAAUUGGUUAUACUUGUAAGAAGUGUUCUGUGAGUACCAUAUCACCAUAUUGUUUCUUUCAGAACCUUAAAUUGUAUUGUAUUUCUUAUUUUUUGCAGCAGGAGAACAUAUCCCUGCAUAUUUUUUUAUGCUGCUUCUCACAAACAUGACUUGAAGUUUUUAUAUAUGCUUUCUCCAGGGCUGCUGAAAUAUUGCAAUUCUCCUUCAAUUUGGAAGUGAUUCAAUACUUCACUGCUAAAAAUGCUCUUUCUUUUGGAUAUAUCUUUUUAUUAACAAUAUGUAAUUAUAUAUAGGUGUUUUAUAGACAUAGUGUGCUGCAUCUUGUAACUGGUAUUUUGUAUAACUACAUCAGAGCAUCUGUGAUUUCUGCAGCUCUGGUGUAUACACUUCUAUCUCAUGAAACCGUCUUUAUCAUAUAUGUCAUGAACUUAAAUUUUAUAGGAAAUUCACAUAGAAACAAAGAAACAAAGUUAGAGAUAGAAAAUUGGAAUUUUAAGUUGCUCUUUUCAUUUUCCUUGGAUUGCUCUUUACUUUGAAUUAUCCAUAACAUGAUUUGAACAUGAAAACAUAGCUCUUAAUUAGUAGAUCAAAAUUACUAUUUUUCCAAGAAUUUGCGCUCCUGUAUUUUGAUGUAUUGCAAUAACUAAUUUUCAUAUUGUAAAAAAAGAAUUAACAAAUAAAUAUUAUUCAUGUGAAAGAGAUCUUACUAUCAAUAUAAAAUUAUAUAUUAGAUUACAUAUUGAAUACAGUUUAGUAUGAUUUUGAUGUAGUAAUCAUUUGUAUAAUUGUAUAAAAAUGCCCCUAAGUCCCAAGAGAAAUACCAAUAAUUCAUAAUCUGAAAUAUAUUUCUUAAUGUGCUUUACAUAUUUUUAAGAAGACUUUCUCUGCAUUGGCUUAUUAGAAUCAGUUCCUCAUUGCUAAACUGAAAUAGAAUUUGCCUACAUGCAAAAUAUUGUGCAUAAAAUUCUGAGAUAAAUUUCAAUUUAUGUACUGAAUCUCAGUAAUGUUGUAGAAUACAUGUAAAUAAAUGUAAAAAUUGAAAUAUGCAGAUUACAAUUUUCUAAUGAGUAUAUUAGUUAUUGCGCUGAGCCUUGGGACUAUUAGGGGUAGAAAACAAUAGAAAGAAGUAAAGAAUGUCUCUUUCUGUUAUAAUAAAUGUCAUGUAUUUUAUCAAUUGUUGCUAUCUCUAAGUUUCCAAAUGGAACUUCAUGAAAUAGAACAACUAGAGCAUUGUAAAGAGCCAUUCUGACAGGUUUGAGUUAGAAAAUUUAGUCACCACUUUGCUGUCAUUCUUGUUCUAGAAAUACACCUUUGGCAGGGGUGAAUGCCUAAUGAUGGGGUAUAAUUGACAAAACAUAUCUUGAAUGAUUGCCUUCUUAUAUGUGAUAUUUAUGUUUCAAACAUAUCCAGCUGAACAGCUUUCUUAAUUGAUCUCUUCACAAAAAUAUUAUUUACAUAGGCAAAAAUGAAAAACAUUUCUAAGCACAUUAUUUGAAUAACAGUGUGUGUUGAUUUCUCAACAGAGUUUUAUCUUUCACACUGUUGUGCACAAAAAAUCUAAAUAUUGAUAGAGGUAGUUUAUGGAAGGUAGUAUGUCGGUACCAGUGCCAAAACAUACACAUAGGACAUGACCAAAUUCACCCCUGCUAAUGUAGCAAAUUCUUGAAUUUACCUAUUAACAUACAAAUGAUGUCAUUAAUGAGGUACACACUUAAUGUGUAAAGGAAGAUAUCCUUCAAAUUGUGAUGUCUUCAAAUAAAUUGUACGUGUUGUCAAAAUUAUUCUUCACUACUUGCUGCAGUCUGUGUUAAUUUAAUUUGAUUUUUCUUGUGUGAUACCAUUAUCUAGUUUUAAGCAGUGCCUUAUUUUAAAGAUGUCUGGUGCAUGUUGGUGAAGCAUUGAGAAAUGUAUAAUUCCUCAUUCAUUUAUUCAAAAUAUUUGUUGUCGUUAUUGCUAAUGUUAUAAUGCUGUUUUUGGAAGACUGUAGUUAACAGUCUAAUGAAUGUGGAAGUUAUUCCAAACUAUACCUACUGAGAAAUUUUUAAAAUGCUGAUUCAAGGAAUUUGAACUUCCACAUCAACAUGUUUCACAGUUUCUUGUUUCACUGUUAUUUGUAGAAAGCUUUAUGAGUGUUAAUGAAUACUCAAAGUUGUUGUGUUGAACAUGAAUAAUCUCAUAUUGAAUUUCAUAUUCCUGGUAAUCCUGUUGGAUUUAUGAACGAGGGAAUUGUACCAAUAUGGCCCUCAUAGUUACUUCAUCUUUACUAUGCACAUACUAUGCAAUGCCAACUAUACUAAGAUUAACAUGAAUACAAGCAGAACCAAUUUUCAAGUGACUCAUCAGUGAUAGAUACAUUUGCAUAAGAGUUUACUAUAAUUCUACUUGAAGCAACACAUAAUUUGGAGCAAGAUUCUGUCACAAGUUGGAGGCAAUACUAGUAUCUCAUUUAGAUGAAAUAUUUGGCUGAAAAUAUACUCAAUAAUAGCAAAAUAGUACAAUAUAAUUCAGUAAAUACUGCAGUUUCUCUUAUUUGUAAGUGAACUUAAAAUGGUAAAAUUGUAAAAUUUCAAUUUUUUAGAAUCAAGUUUGUGGUGUGUGUAAAAAUGUGCAGUUUUAUUGAAGGCUCAAUUAGCAUUCAGAUUGUUCAUUUUUGAACAUGUUCUGUAAUGGAAUUGUAAAAAGAUUCAGUGUCAAUUAUACGUAUGAUUAAUGAUGAACUGGAAGAUAAGUAGGGUUAAAAUGAUGCAACUUGCUUUCUUAAUAUUAUACAGUUUUCAGUCUUAAUAUUGACAUCUUAAUCUACAUAUUCUCUAUUCAAGUCAUCAGCAUACGUAUGAUUGUUACUUUUUGGUUAAAUUUGAAAGAAUUAAUUUGAGCAAAAAUAACAGUAAGUUCCAAAGCAAGCACCAAAAUUAUGAUACAGCAAAAAACAACAUGGAAUAUAGUGCUAAUUGUAAUCACAUACCACAGAGGCAGUUUUAAAUAUUUACAGUAAUAGCUAUGUACAUUAUUGAGUCGUUAGGAUUAUCUGUGAUAUUCCUUUUGCAUGAUUAAACAUAUCUGUGUAUCUGUGUACUCUGGAACUUAUUUUUCAAUUGUAAUUCGUAUGAAACAUUUCACAUCAGUAUUAAGUCUAUAUUUAUUUGGAGUCUUUUGUAGAAUAUAACUUCAUCUCUUCAAAGAUGUGAAAUUUUUUCUAGGAAAAGAAUGCUUGUUUCUUGAAAUUAUGUAAUGCAGAUUAAUUUCUUUAAAAAUACAAUGUGGCUUAUCAUGAAA